AUGCGAUCGAAAGUCAACCGGCUUUGUGCCCGGACGAAGACCGGGAAGCUGCAAGUUAGUGAAGAUGUGCACAAUCUUUGGCUUCAAGCUGGGCAGAGCCGGGAUCAGUUGGUGCAAAUGAUGGACCAAGCUGAUGGUGUGCGAGACGAGUUCGUCCGGACUGUGGAGAUCUACAAAGAAACCCUCAAGUUUCGGAAGACCCAGACCGCCGGAGGGUUCUAUAGCGAGACGGAUAUGCGCAAGCCGGUGUCCGAAGGAGGCCUUGGCUUCUCCAAAUAUUCUUGCGAUAUCAGAGGCAACACCAUCGAGCUUGCUUUAUUUGGUUUUCGAUCAAGGAAGAACAAGUAUGACGAAGAUGAGAUCGAGUACUGGGUCGAUCAUCGGACCAGUGGUGUCAUGGGAGUAGAGGAGAAGGAGGGCCUGAAGGACUCAACCACCGGAACAGGUGGCACCCGCGAGUUCGAGAACUUUAAAUCUUCAGGCUUGAAUGAGGGCUGGGACCAUCGCCAAGCAGGAAACUGUGUCGUGGAAACGGGACGAGACAAGGUACUUGAUACGAUCCAAAGGCACAUGCAAGAGUCCGUGGCGAGUCGUGACAAGCUCCAGAAGUUCAUGGAGAAGCUGGACACGACCGACGUAACGGUCAAGGCGGAGAUGGUGAAGAUGAACGAAGUGGUGGUUCAGCUGGGUGCUCUUUAUGACGAGCUCGCCAAGCUCGAAGCCGAUGCGAAGAUCAAACCCUUCACUGCCGAGCGACUCGACAUAUACGUACUGGCUGAAGAAUGUAAAGACCCCAAAGGCGAUAGUGCAAACCCUUAA